UUUGCGUCUGUGAGCCCUUAGAAUAAUGCUGGGAAUAAAAAUAAACGGCCCUCCGAUGUUUGUAAUGCGCGGAAUAUAUGAAGACUCGCUUCACAGUCAUUAAACUACAUAGGCCCAUGAUGUCGGGGUCACAGCUGUGGGCGGUGGAUGUGUACGGGCGGGGGUUCAGUCUGUGGGCCGCUGGAGGCCGCUGGAGGCGCGCCGCGGAUCUCCUGCUGGAGCUGAAGCGGGUGACGGGCUCUCAACACUGCUGCUGGGGCAUCGGCUGCGACCAUCAGGUUUAUCUCCAUGUGUAUCCCAGUCAAGUGCCUAUACGCCAUCAGGAAGAGACCUAUGAAAAUCAGAGAUGGAACCCAGUUGAUGGUUACACAGACACACUCCUCCCGACAGACCGCUGGCAGUGGACGGAUGAGUCGGGCUUGAACCCACAACCUCUUCACAGCUUUGUGUUGCCGUCUGCUAACUGGGAGUGGGAGGGCGACUGGUACGUGGAUGAUGAAAGCUGUGGGAGAGAAUCCAGUGAGACAGGGCUGUGGUUCCGCACAGGCAUCAGACAGCAGAACCCGGAGGGGACGCGCUGGGAACCCAUCCAGGUGCCCCGAGAGGUGGCGCAGGUCAGCGCCGGGCCGAAAGACCUGCUAUGGCUCGUUCUCUGGGAUGGACAACUGCUGGCCAGAACGGGCAUCAGUAAAGACUGCCCUAAAGGCUCAUCGUGGGAGCUAGUGCAGCCUCCAAAUCAGAAAGGAGCUGUUCAUGUUGCAGUGGGAAUCACUGUCGUUUGGGCCAUUACUAAAGACAACAAAGUCUGGUUCAGGAGGGGUGUGAAUUCCCACAAUCCUACUGGCUCAGGCUGGAUCAGUAUUGGUGGAGAGAUGGUGAUGCUUAGCAUGGGGCCCAAUGACCAGGUAUGGGGGGUUGGCAGCGAUGACCGCACUGUGUAUUUUCGUCAUGGCGUGACAGCCACAGAGGUCACUGGCAGGUCAUGGGUGGCAGUGUCAGCUCAGCUUGAUGGCAGUGAAAGCACAAAUCAUUCCAGUGAUCCCGGGCCGCUCUCUCCAUCCAUCACACCUGCCCUCAGUGCUCUGGACACAGACACUCGGACAAGAGGAGCCCAGCAUGAUGAGAGAGAUGCUUCUAUAGAGAAGUCUGUGCGUGUGACGAGAGGUUGUAUGUGUUGGUGGAGGGACUGGAUGCCUCAUCAGUGGGAGGAUGUCAGUGUGAUGCUGGAGCAGGUCACCGGUGCUGGAGCUCAGACAGGAGACAUCCUUUACCUCUACUACACUCACGACCAGGAGAAGAAGUAUCUGUAUGCUGUGAUAAAGGAGGUGACGGCCCUGGUGCCCGUGUUCAGGGACUCUCUGUACACUAUGGCUGUUUACACGCCAGAGAGAACCAAACAGAGACUCCCAAUUUUACUGGCAACUCCCUCUCAACAAGACUUCAACACCUGGCUGUCUCUGUUGAACGAGUCGUGUUGUGCGUCCAGGGGUCUUGGAGAGCAUCCAUCCAAACAGGCCCUGUGGGCUGUGACAUGUAAAGGUGACGUCAUGGUGCAUGAGCCGUCACCCAGCCUGGAAGCCCCGGCGCAGUACUUACCCUGCGACCACAUGUACCGACGUCAGGUUCCUGCUCAUCUGCUCUGUGUGGAGUCUAACAGUCUGGGUGUGGUGUGGGGCAUCGCUCACGAUCACACCGCCUGGGUCUACACGGGGGGCGGCGGGGGACCGUCUGCUCAGGGAAAUGAAAACCUUAACCAAGCAAUAAGUGAUGUGAGGAGUGUGUCCAUCUAUGAGAACCAGCGCUGGAACCCAAUGGCAGGAUACACAGACAAGGGUCUUCCCACAGAUCGUUACAUGUGGAGCGAUGCUUCAGGUCUGAGAGAGUGUACCAAAGACAACACCAGCCCUCCCUCACCGCAGUGGACAUGGGUUUCUGAUUGGGCUGUUGACUACGGUGUCCCAGGAGGGACAGAUAAAGAGGGCUGGCAGUAUGCUGCAGAUUUCCAAGUGACGUUUCAUGGUUAUAAGACGAUGAAGGACUUUGUGCGACGCAGGCGGUGGGCUAGGUUAGGUAACUCCUGGCUCCAUGUGGGCACAGACCAGCCCUUCAAGUCUAUUUGCAUAGGAGGAGGCCACCAGGUGUGGGCCAUCGCCAGGGACGGUGCCGUCUUCUACCGGGGCUCCGUGUCUGCCCACAAUCCAGGUAACUCCUGGCUCCAUGUGGGCACAGACCAGCCCUUCAAGUCUAUUUGCAUAGGAGGAGGCCACCAGGUGUGGGCCAUCGCCAGGGACGGUGCCGUCUUCUACCGGGGCUCCGUGUCUGCCCACAAUCCAGCUGGUGAGUGCUGGUAUCACAUACCAUCUCCCCCGAAGCAGACGCUCAGGCAGGUGUCUGUGGGCAGGACCUCCGUUUAUGCUGUGGAUGAAAACAAUAAUCUGUGGUACAGACAGGGUUUGACACCCAGCUAUCCUCAGGGUUCUGCAUGGGAGCUCAUCUCAAGUAAUGUGUGUAAGGUGUCUGUUGGACCACUGGACCAGGUUUGGAUAAUCGCUGAUAAAGUGCCAGGUUAUCCAUCAGAGAGCUCAGGAACGGUGUGCCACAGACUGGGAGUGAAGCCCAUGCAGCCCAAAGGCCUGAGCUGGGACUUUGGCAUUGGGGGUAGAUGGGAGCACCUGUCUGUGAGAGGGAACUCUAUAGAGGCCCAGCGUAUGGCACCUCGCAGUCCAAUGCCCAGCCGCACACAGAGUCAGGUGAACGGGAAUGUUGUGGGCUGCUAGAUAUAGUGCCCACCUACCACCAUCAUCAUCACUCACCUUCAUCAUGCUUUACGGCAUUUCCCAGUUUGCUGUUCUUUACACCCUUCCUGUCUCUGUGUCCUGUGCCCUUCCAACCAAGUGUGACUAUUUAUUUUUGAUUCCACUUGCCUGAAUAACAAACAUCACUUUUCUGGGUGUGACAUUUGAUUACUGUAUGUGUAUGAUUUGAAUCACCCGAUCCACUAAUGUCUCUUUGUUUUAAGCAUGUUAUGUUAUUUAUUGUUGCUGUAUUUGUUUCUGUAAUGAGUAGAAGACCAUUUUAUGUUAUUGGUUUGAUUAUAUUAUUCGAAAAAUAUUUUAUUUCAGUCCGCUUGCAUUGUCAGAGACACAACUGCCCUACUGUGAUCUAACCACUGACAUGCUGGGGGGUUUUCCCCCCAAUAAAGAUCUGUUAAAAAGCACCAGCUUGUUUUCAUUUGUGAGUUUAAGAAAAUAUAUUUCUGCGGAA